AUGAUAAAUUUAUCUAUACUCAUGUGCGUUUUUAUAUCGAAAAAUGGAAAAAUUUAUAAAUUUUUUGACAACAUUGAAAGUGCCAUUCAAAUACGUUCGGAAAAUGCAUCGACGGCGGCAUAUUUUACAGCGUCAGUUGAAAAAAUGGAAAAAUUUACAAAAUGGUUUCUGUAUAGUUUCCAAAUAACGUUUGUAUUCUUGAUGCUGCCGAUGCUGGUUAUCACUUUGUAUACGUUUUUUACUGAUGGUCUGCAAACCGAAGACUAUCAAUUACCUUUUUUUGUCUGGCAACCAUUCAACUGGCGGAGACCGAUUGGAUAUUUAAUCGCUUACACUCUUCAAUGUGGAGCCGUACAUUAUUUAUUCAUGUACUGCGUUAUAUGGAAUGCUUUUCAAGUGAUAACUUCUUUGUUGUUUGUGACAUUUGCUAAGGAUGCUAAACAAGAACUGAAAAAUAUUAACGAACUAAACAAAACUGGUGGUAAUGAAGCAGAAACUAUAAAAAGAUUUCACAAAAUCAUUCAGUACAUCGUCGAUGCAAAACAAUUUGUUUCGGACUACAACCAUAUUUAUAUGUUUGCAAUUUUGACAUUCUUAACAUGGGGUAUACUUACUGUAUGUGGCACACUGAUGAUGAUUCAAAUCGAAUUGUCACAAGAACACACGGACUGGGCAUCGUUUGUGAUCAGUUUCUUCCAAUUAUUUUGGACAUUUGUUCUUAUGUUCCUAUUGUGUUACAGUGGUCAAGAAGUAACAGGUGCAUUUGAUGAUCUUAUGUAUGAGGUUUAUCAAUGUGAAUGGGACUCGUUUCCACACCCACUACGACGCAUUCUACCCAUUCUUUUGAUUUUUAUGAAAGAGCCUGUCCAAAUUAUAGCAUAUGGUGGUGUCAAUUGCUCACUCAAAAGAUUUAAAAAGAUUGUCAACGGUGGUUAUUCAUACUAUGCUAUUCUCCGUGAGUUCUACUGA